CUGCUGUGUGUGGUGUCAACAGGCCAGAGGUCAAACAAAGGUCAGAGGUCAACUCCGCUCCCAUCGACGCACCAGAGGCCGACCCUGUCGCCAGUGACGAUCCAGACGUCAGCUCGACCGCCUCUGAACCACCGGUGACCGACUCCGCCGCCCGCGAGCCUCAGGUUGAUUCAACCGCCGACGGUGAUAUUUCCAACAUGGCCGACCAAGCCGACGACAGCAAGUUCCUCUUCACGGGAAACGACUUUCGCAACAGCGGGGUGGCGCAGGCCGACUGGGCCGCCAAGAAGAUGGUGUGGGUGCCGUCGGAGAGGGAGGGCUUCGAGCCGGCCAGCAUCAAGGAGGAGAAGGGUGACGAGGUGCUGGUGGAGUUCUCCAACGGUCAGAAGACGAAGGUGAACAAGGACGACAUCCAGAAGAUGAACCCGCCCAAGUUCAGCAAGGUGGAAGACAUGGCCGCCCUCACCUUCCUCAACGAGGCCUCCGUCCUCAACAACCUGCGAGAGAGAUACUUCUCCAGCCUGAUCUACACGUACUCCGGUCUGUUCUGCGUGGUGGUGAAUCCCUACAAGAUGCUGCCGAUCUACUCUGAGAAGAUCAUUGAGAUGUAUAAAGGCAAGAAGCGUCACGAGGUGCCGCCACACAUCUACUCCAUCACAGACAACGCCUACAGGAACAUGAUGCAAGACCGUGAGGAUCAGUCUAUUCUCUGCACAGGUGAGUCUGGAGCCGGGAAGACAGAAAACACCAAGAAGGUGAUUCAGUACCUGGCCGUCAUCGCCUCCUCACACAAGGGCAAGAAGGACGUCAACCCUGAUUCAGUUGCUGCCGCUGCGACCAAGCAGCAGCAGGCAGGAUCUCUGGCUUAUGGGGAGCUGGAGAAGCAGCUGCUGCAGGCCAAUCCCAUCCUGGAGGCCUUCGGUAACGCCAAAACCAUCAAGAACGACAACUCCUCGCGAUUUGGAAAGUUCAUCAAGCUCAACUUUGAUGUGACCGGCUAUAUUGUCGGGGCCACCAUCGACACCUACCUGCUGGAGAAGUCUCGCUGUAUUCGUCAGGCCAACACUGAGCGAGCUUUUCACAUCUUCUAUUACAUGGUGGCAGGAGCCAAAGACAAGAUGAGGGAGGAGCUGCUGCUGGAGGACUUCAGCAGCUAUCGUUUCCUGAUAGCGGGACACGUGGAGAUCCCGGGUCAGGAGGAUGACGAGAUGUUUGAUGAGACUCUGGAGGCCAUGAAGAUCAUGGGCUUCACCGAUGAUGAGAGAUUAGGCAUGAUGAAGGUGGUGUCCACUGUCCUCCAGCUGGGCAACAUCAAGUUUGAGAAGGAGAGGAACAGCGAGCAGGCGACCAUGCCUGACAACACCGCCGCCCAGAAGGUGUGUCACCUGCAGGGUAUCAAUGUGACCGACUACACCCGGGCCAUCCUCACCCCCCGGAUCAAAGUGGGCCGGGAGGUGGUGCAGAAGGCGCAGACCAAGCAGCAGGCUGACUUUGCGAUCGAGGCUCUGGCUAAGGCCAUGUACGAGCGUCUGUUUCGCUGGAUCCUGGCCAGAGUCAACAAGACGCUGGACAAGAGCAAGAGGCAGUCGUCCUCCUUUCUGGGCAUCCUGGACAUCGCUGGCUUUGAGAUUUUUGAGGACAACUCGUUCGAGCAGCUCUGCAUCAACUACACCAACGAGCGUCUGCAGCAGCUCUUCAACCACACCAUGUUCAUCCUGGAGCAGGAGGAGUACAAGAGGGAGGGCAUCGAGUGGAACUUCAUCGACUUCGGCCUGGAUCUGCAGCCCUGCAUCGAGCUCAUCGAGAGGCCGAACAACCCUCCAGGCAUCCUGGCCCUGCUGGACGAGGAGUGCUGGUUCCCCAAAGCCACCGAUUUGACCUUUGUGGACAAGCUGCUGAACACCCACACGGGUCACGUUAAAUUCUCUAAACCCAAACAGCUCAAAGACAAGCUGAUGUUCAGUGUUCUGCACUACGCCGGCAAGGUCGACUAUAACGCAGCCGACUGGUUGACAAAGAACAUGGACCCUCUGAAUGACAACGUGACGGCUCUGCUCAACAACUCAUCCAGCAACUUCAUCCAGGAUCUGUGGAAAGACGUGGAUCGAGUGGUGGGUCUGGACACCAUGACCAAGAUGUCAGAGAGUUCAGUGCACACCUCCACCAAAUCCAAGAAGGGCAUGUUCCGCACGGUGGGCCAGCUGUACAAGGAGUCUCUGGGCAAGCUGAUGACCACGCUGCACAACACGCAGCCAAACUUUGUCCGCUGCAUCAUCCCCAACCACGAGAAGAGGGCUGGUAAGAUGGACUCCAACCUGGUUCUGGAGCAGCUCAGGUGCAACGGAGUGCUGGAGGGCAUCCGGAUCUGCAGGCAGGGAUUCCCCAACCGCAUCGUGUUCCAGGAGUUCAGGCAGAGGUAUGAGGUCCUGGCUGCUAACGCCAUCCCUAAAGGCUUCAUGGACGGGAAGCAGGCGUGUUGUCUGAUGGUAAAGCACCUGGAUCUGGAUCCUAACCUGUAUCGUAUCGGUCAGAGUAAGAUGUUCUUCAGGACGGGAGUUCUGGCUCAGCUGGAGGAGGAGCGAGACCUCAAACUGACUGUCAUCAUCAUCUCCUUCCAGGCACAAGCAAGAGGCUUCCUGGCCCGCAAGGCGUUCAGUAAACGUCAGCAGCAGCUGACCGCCAUGAAGGUCAUCCAGAGGAACUGCGCCUGUUACCUCAAACUCAGAAACUGGCAGUGGUGGAGGCUCUUCACUAAGGUGAAGCCUCUGCUGCAGGUAACCAGACAGGAAGAGGAAAUGGGUCAGAAGGAGGAGGAACUAAAGGUGGCGAAAGAGGUGGCGGCCAAGACUGAGGCUGAACUGAAGGACAUCACCCAGAAACACACUCAGCUGAUGGAGGAGCGAGCCCAGCUGGAGUCGAAGCUUCAGGCGGAGACUGACCUGUGCGCCGAGGCCGAGGAGAUGAGGGUGAGACUGGAGGCCAAGAAGCAGGAGCUGGAGGAGGUGCUGCACGAGAUGGAGGCCCGGCUGGAGGAGGAGGAGGAGCGCAGCAACUCACUGCAGCAGGAGAGGAAGGACAUGGAGCAGCAGCUACAGCUUUUGGAAGGCCACCUGGCGGAGGAAGAAGACGCUCGGCAGAAGCUGACACUGGAGCGAGUGGCUGUGGAGGGAAAGGUGAAGAAACUGGAGGAGGACAUUCUGCUCAUGGAGGACCAGAAUAACAAACUGCAGAAGGAGCGAAAGCUUCUAGAGGAGAGGCUGGCUGAUAUGAACUCCAACCUGGCCGAGGAGGAGGAGAAGUCCAAGAACCUGACCAAACUCAAGACCAAGCACGAGUCCAUGAUCUCCGACCUGGAGGUGCGUCUGAAGAAGGAGGAGAAGGGUCGUCAGGACAUGGAGAAGGCCAAGAGGAAGGUGGAGGCGGAGCUGGCCGACCUCCAGGAGCAGCAGGCUGACCUGCAGGCCCAACUAGCCGAGCUCCGAGCCCAGCUGGCCGCCAAGGAAGAGGAGCUCCAGGCCACAGUGGCCCGCUUGGAGGAGGAGAGCAGUCAGCGCGGGGCGGCGGUGAAGCGUGUUCGGGAGCUGGAGCUCCUGCUUUCAGAGCUGCAGGAGGACAUGGAGGCAGAGAAAACAGCCAGAGGGAAGGUCGAGGCGGCGCGACGGGACCUCGGCGAGGAGCUGAACGCUCUACGCACCGAGCUGGAGGACAGCCUGGAUACCACCGCUGCCCAGCAGGAGCUACGGGCGAAGCGUGAACAGGAAGUGGCCAUGCUGAAGAAAGCCAUGGAGGACGAGGGGCGGAGCCACGAGGCCCAAAUCCAGGACCUGAGACAGAAACACAGUCAGGCUGCGGAGGAGCUCAACGAGCAUCUGGAGCAGGCCAAGAGGGUGAGAGCCAGCCUGGAGAAAGCCAAGCAGGCUCUGGAGAAGGAGACGGCCGACCUGAGCGCCGACCUGCGAUCCCUCGCCAGCGCCAAGCAGGACGUGGAGCACAAGAAGAAGAAGGUGGAGGGUCAGCUGAACGACCUGCACUCACGCUUCAACGAGAGCGAGCGGCAGAGGAUCGAGCUGGGGGAGCGAGUCUCCAAGAUGACCCUGGAGCUGGACAGUAUGACAGGUCUGCUGAACGAGGCGGAGGGAAAGAACAUCAAGCUGAGUAAAGACGUCUCCAGUCUGUCCUCACAGCUCCACGAUGCACAGGAGCUGCUGUCAGAGGAGACCCGUCAGAAGCUGAACGUGUCCGGACGUCUCCGUCAGAUGGAGGAGGACAGGAACAACUUGAUGGAGCAGCUGGAGGAGGAGACCGAGGCCAAACGGGCCGUGGAGAGGCAGGUCUCCAGCCUCAACAUGCAGCUGUCCGACUCCAAGAAGAAGCUGGACGAGAUGUCGGGGACGGUGGAGCUGUUGGAGGAGGGAAAGAAGCGUCUGCAGCGUGAGCUGGAGGCGACCAACAGCGAGUACGAGGAGAAGGCCUCGGCUUACGACAAGCUGGACAAGAGCCGGAGCCGCAUGCAGCAGGAGCUGGAGGACGUCCUCAUGGACCUGGACAGCCAGCGGCAGCUUGUGUCCAACCUGGAGAAGAAGCAGAAGAAGUUUGAUCAGAUGCUGGCGGAGGAACGCGCCGUGUCCUCUAAGUUUGCAGAGGAGCGGGAUCGAGCGGAGGCGGAGGCGAGGGAGAAGGAGACGCGGGUGUUAGCUCUGGCCAGAGCGCUGGAGGAGAACCAGGAUGCUCUGGAGGAGGCGGAGAAGACCAUGAAGGCCCUGAAGGCUGACAUGGAGGACCUCAUCAGCUCCAAGGACGACGUGGGAAAGAGCGUCCACGACCUGGAGAAGGCGAAGCGAGGCCUGGAGGGCAUCGUGGAGGAGAUGAGGACCCAGAUGGAGGAGCUGGAGGACGAGCUGCAGGUCGCUGAGGACGCCAAGCUGCGUCUGGAGGUCAACAGUCAGGCUCUGAAAGCCCAGCAUGACAGGGAGCUGCAGGCCCGAGACGAGAUGGGCGAGGAGAAGAGGAAGCAGCUUCUCAAACAGGUGCGUGAGCUGGAGGCGGAGCUGGAGGAGGAGAAGAAGCAGCGAGGUCAGGCGUCAGCUGGGAAGAAGAAGCUGGAGGGGGAGCUGAAGGACAUGGAGGACCAGCUGGAGGCCACCAACAGGGGGCGCGACGAGGCGGUCAAGCAGCUCCGCAAGAUCCAGGGCCAGGUGAAGGAGUUCCAGAGGGACCUGGAGGACUCGCGUGCAGCCCAGAAGGAGGUCCUCGUCUCAGCCAGGGAGUCUGAGCGCAAAAACAAGACCAUGGAGGCCGACGUGGUCCAGCUGCAGGAGAUGUUGGCAGCAGCUGAGAGAGCUCGUAAGCAGGCGGAGACGGAAAGAGACGAGCUGUCUGAAGAGCUGACCAGUAACUCCUCUGGAAAGUCCCUGAUGUCUGAUGAGAAGCGUCGUCUGGACUCUAAGAUCGGCCAGCUGGAGGAGGAGCUGGAGGAGGAGCAGGCCAACGCCGAGAGCCUCAACGACCGUCUGAGGAAGAGCCAGCAGCUGGUGGAUCAGCUGAGUGCUGAUCUGGCAGCGGAGAGAUCCGCCUCUCAGAUGCGGGAGGGAUCCAGGCAGCAGCUGGAGAGACAAAACCGAGAGCUGAAGGUCAAACUGCAGGAGGUCGAAGGUCAGGGACGCUCCAAACUCAAAUCCUCCAUCGCCGCCCUGGAGGCCAAACUGAGAGAGGCGGAAGAGCAGCUGGAGUUCGAGAGCAGAGAGCGUCAGACCAACGGCAAGAAUCUGCGUCAGAAAGAGAAGAAACUGAAGGAUUUAACCAUCCAGAUGGAGGACGAGAGGAAGCAGGCACAGCAGUACAAAGACCAGGCGGACAAGAGCAACUUGCGGGUGAAGCAGCUGAAGCAUCAGCUGGAGGAGGCGGAGGAGGAGGCGCAGCGCAUGGCGGCGGGCCGCAGGAAACUGCAGAGGGAGCUGGACGAGUCGAGCGAGGCCAACGACGCCCUCAACAGGGAGGUGUCUUCACUCAGGAGCAAACUGAGGCGUGGCGGGGAGGCGGGCUACAGCAGUCCCAGUCCUCGGAGCGGCGGCGGCAUCAGGAGCUUGGGGCUGGGAGGAGGAGGAGGAGGAAGCGUCAGCCGGAGGAGCGCCAUCAAGGAGAACUCAGUGGAGUUCCAGGAGGAGGAGCCUCCGUCCCCGUCUCCUCCCACCUGCGCCUCCCCCGUGGAUCCCCGCGGGGAGGUCUACACCUGCUCCCCCGACGAGUAGAGGGACCAGACGCCACGUUUAAAUUGGAUUUCACCCGAGCGUGCCUCGACAGAGCAGCAUUUCUGUUCCAGAAAAUAUUUGUAAAAAUUCAAAUUUUGAAGUAAUUUCAACCUCUAAAUGUUUCUGAAAACAGAAACACAAGAGGACGUUUUAACAACACUGAAGAUUUUUGUUGAAAUUAAAAUUUAUUUUGGCCUCUGAGUAAUUAAAAAAAGAAAAAAAGAGAAAAAAAAAACAACCAAAAAGGAAAAAUCUCCCAACAAAACAAUACAGUAGAAAACACACAGCUGACCGCAUCGACCCUCCGUACAAAAUACAAACCUGUCUGACAAAACUUUUAUACAAUUUCAUUAAAUUAUUUUUAAAACAUUUUAAACGUACAAAGCUUGUAAAAUCAAUCCCCAAACAUUUUAUUAAUUUAUUGAUAAUUUCAUUUGUUUUCCAAGCUAAUAUAACAAACAUUUGCUGUUUAUUCCAGAUUCUCAAAUGUGAAGAUUUGAUGCUUUUUGUUGUCAAAUAUGAAACUAAACUGAUGUUCAGAUAAAACAAACCAUUUGAAAUCACACUGGGCCAAUUUAUAGACAAAACGAGAAAAUAAUUUACAGAUGAAUCAAUAAUUUGUAGCCCUGAUGAAGUAAAUUUUUUUCUUUUUCUUCAAUAUCCACAUUCUUCUAAAGUUAGUGUUCCUCAUUUUAAACAACUUUUAUGUUAUCGUCGUCAGGUUCUCCUUUGUUUCAGAGAAAUUGCACCAAAUACUACAGAUCCCAUGAUCCUCAGCAGCAGUGUUUCAACAAACCACACUUUGUAGCAGCAAUCAGGAACAAAAUAUUGAUCCAAAAAAUGAUUUGAUUCAAACCUCGACAUUAAUCAAAGUUCUACAAACAUCAGACGUCAUCGUCAUGGCAACUGCUUCAUUUGUUUCAAUGAGGCAAAAUCUCAAGUGUUCAAGCUCUAACACACAGUUACAUGAUAUUAUCUAUCAAAUGAAUGAACCAAUCCUUCAUUACUCUGUUUAGUUCAUUUAAAUCUAAAUUAUUAUUAUAGUUUCAGCAGAUGGUUUUAUUGUAUUUCUAUUGUUAUCUGAUUGUUGGAGAGAAAUAUUGGCAGCUUCAAUCCAAAAAUACUAGUUUACCUAAAAAAAACUCAAAACGCUGACGAACCAAACUUUUCUCUGUUGCAUCAUUUCUUCCCUCCUCUAUGCAGCUCUACUAGGUGACUGAUAUUUUACUCUCCUGUGGUUUUAUCUCCCCCCUUUAAAAAAAUAAAUAAAUACAUU